GGACUGUUAUUGGCGUGAGGUCAACUUCCGGCUUUCAAAAAAAAAAAAAAAAGAUAACAGAUCUUAUUCCGACGGUGUUUAAAUUAAAGGUGGAGGAGCCAUGCCUUUCCUUCAUGGGUUUCGAAGGAUUAUUUACGAAUAUCAACCGCUUGUAAAUGCUGUCAUGCGGAUUGUUGGACUCGACGAAGAAGAUGGCAGUCAAGACAACAGAAGUCCUGAGGUUGAGUCCAGUCGGUGUAGCUCGUUAGUGGAGUUUCUGGAGCAGGAGGCCCAGUCUGACGUGUUUGUGGAAGGCAUCAGCUACGCCCUGUUUAAACUGGCAGAGCGGGGACUAGUGUACGCGGCCAAGAUCCUCCUGCGAUAUGGAGCUGAUAUAAACUUUGAAGACCCGGUGUCGUACUACAACCCACUACAUAUAGCUGUGUUAAGGAACAGGCCACAUAUGGUGAGGCUGCUUGUUGGGCACGGAGCUGACAUCGAAAAACGGGACAGGAUUCAUGAGAGCAGUCCUUUGGACCUUGCCGGUGAGGAGUCAGAAAGACUGCCCUGUCUGCUCACCCUGCUGGACCUGGGUGCUGACGUGAAUGCCAGAGACAAACAUGGGAAGACACCUUUGCUCCACGCAUUAGCAAGCAGUGAUGGACUGACAGUCCACAACACGGAGAACAUCCGGCUUCUACUUGAAAGAGGUGCUGAUGUGAAAGCUUCAACAGUAGACGGUGAAACGGUCGAGUCGUCGUUGGUGUUUCUGGUAAAGGAGGCUCUGGAGGCCAGUGUGGAGGAUGCCGCUGAGAUUGGGAACUUCUGCUUGAAAACCACCCACCUUCUGCUGGCUCACGGUGUGGACCCCAGCUGCUGUCUGAAUGAGGAUGGGGAGCCCUCUCUGACUCAGACGAGCUUGGAGCACUUCGACCUGCUCUUCCCUCUGGCUGUGCUCCUAAUCCAGAGCGGGGCCUCUUUGGUUUGCUCCCAUCACAGUUACUCCUGUUGGUCAGGUUACAGCCUCCUCUUCCAGAGGCUCCAAACAGCCCUGCAGCAGUGCUCGGAUCAGGCUCGUGCCUCUGAGCUCCAGGAGCAAGCUGAGCUGUUGCUGGACUUAGCGAGGGUAAAUUUCCCCACAUUGCAGCUCUCUCCUCGGCUGGAGCUUCCUGCACCUGCCCACGACUCUCGCACUUAUGCUCAGGCUCUUGUGGACCUGCACAGUCGUGUAGUGGCACGUGAAGCAAGCCCGCCACCUCUACGUUGUCUUUGUAGGGCUUUUAUAAGAAGUCACCUACAGCCCUGGCCUCUGGAAAACAAAGUCAAAUCAUUACCUUUACCCGACAGGCUGAAAGACUUUCUUCUUCCCGAGACCACAUACACCCCGAGGCCUGGCUGGGACUGCUUCAAGCCGCAGCAGAGCCAGCAGUAAUAUUCCCCCACUGCCUAGUUUUUCUUUUGUCUAAAAUCUG